GAUUCUAUUUGACUCCAGCUGCAGAGUCGACUAGCUCCAUUUUCUUCCAAGCGAGCGGCGAGCCCUCCCUUUCCCCUCAAAUCCGGCUCUCCGCCUCGCCAUGGCCCACCGCCUCCUCUUGCUCCUGGCCGUCGCCGCCGCGUCCCUCCUCGCCGCCGACGCGCGGCCGUGCCACACCUUCCUCGUCGCCUUCCCGGCCGACCCCAACCCAAGCGGCGACGGCGCCACCCACGACCAUCGCCUCGUCCCGCGCGUCGCCACGGUCAUCACCGUCUUCCGCGUCCGCCGCCUCGGCCCGCAUAUCACCUACUACCACCAGAACCACCGCCAUCACCCCCACUCCAUCCCCGCCAACGUCCAGAUCCGCCGCCCCGAGCUCCCGCGCCCCGUCGCCGGCGCCGUAGCGGCAGUGGCUGUGCCCCAGGAGCGCGCCAGGGACAUCCUCGUGGUCGUCGUUGGGCUCCUCUUUGGCGUCGCCUGCGGCGCGCUCACCGCCGCCUCCAUGUACCUCGUCUGGUCCGUGCUCGCCGGCGCCGCCGCGGCCUCCCCCUACGACGAGCUCUACGGCGACGAGGACGACGAGGAGGCGUCCGACACCGAGAGCCCCAAAAAGGUCGGCUACGUCGUCAUCCAGGAUCUCGAGGCCCACGACGGCGGUAAGAACUAGGGCUAGGGUUUGGUGGUGCUCCAGGGAGGGCAAGUUCGUGCAGUGGAAUGAUCUAUGACUUAUGCCUAUGUGUUGCGUAAUUCGUAAUGUCUCUAUGAUGUGUAGUUGGGGAGCACUAGGGAUUUGACAUCCGUGUGAACACGCUCUUGAAGCGCGCUUAAGCGGUGACAUGUGCUUGUUUAUGAUUAACUUAUCGAUAAAUGUUCUGUGAUAUUUGUGAAAUGUUCUUCUGAAACAUGGCAUUUGUAAUGUUUGUCUCAUGGUAAUGAGGCUCGGCUUCGAGAUCA